AUGAUGACAUUCGAAGCUGUUUUUCGAGCAAGAAUUUAUUUAUCAUUACGAGAAGAUUUCGGAUUUCAACAUCUCUCAUGGGUUUGUUCUGGUAGAAGAGGUAUUCAUUGUUGGGUAUCAGAUGGAGAAGCUUUGAAAUUAACCGAUGAACAGAGGAAAGGGAUCGUUAACUUUCUUGAUAUCUUAAGGGGUGGGGGCUCAAGACAUGCCUUUAUGCCAGCUACAUACUUAUCACUCACCGUGAACAUGCUGGCGAUUUCGGGCACACAUCAUGCGUCAAGUGCCGAGGCUAAGAAGAAAGCAGUCGCAAGCUUCUAA